AUGUCUCAGCAAUCGAAUGAUGAAUCUCCCGUUUCUGACUCAGCAACACCAGAAGAGUCUUCUAACCCUAAUAGGGUUCUUAAGGUUGUCCCUCUAAGGACGAUUAGCAGUGACGAAGUAAAGGCCACAAAGCCUAAAACGAAUCAUGCAAAACGACCCAAGGAGGGUAUUCACAACAAGGGCACCAAAUCCUCAGCAUUCGAUACCAUGGAGAAACUUACUAAAGAAGGAUCCAAGUAUGUCGAUAGUGCAAUUACCAGGAUUGUUAAUCGUAUUUUGAAGGAAAAUCAUCAAGUGCCUGGAAUAUCUAUUCCUCUUCAAACUAUAAUGGCUGAUCCACUCAAUAACGCCAGUAAGGCUGACACUGUUCACACUGUUGAUAGUGACCUAGAAAUCAACAAGGAUGAACAAAGGAUUACUAAAAAUACCAAUGUCACCAAGGAUGUCAAUGACAUUGACAAUAAUGAGCACCCUAAGGCCAAUACUGAAACUGAUACUAAUGUGGUAGACUUAGAUGAGCACUCUGAAGACGAAUUACUUACUUCCUUGAAUCCUAGUGUAGCCAACAGGCUAAUGACAAGAAGAAAAUGCAAAGCUCUUGUUCAAGGAUCAUCAAAAGGGAGCACUCAAGUGAACAACCCUAUCAAAGACACUAUCAGAAGGAAGAGUACUUCUGCAGGACCUGUCAAGAGCAAAGCUGUUACCAAAAGCAAAGGGGUUGGUCCCUCAAAAUCUUGGAGCAGGGUCAUUCCAAAGAAAAGAAAAGAGCGGGAAAUUGUUGAACCUGAAUCUGAUGUUGAAGCAAAUGUCCCUGACAUUCCAUCAAGGAAGAAGCCUACAACUAGUAAGCUUGCUGCUAACAUCCCUGAAGUCCCCGUUGAUAAUGUGUCUUUCCAUUAUGCCUCUAGUGUCAGCAGAUGGAAAUAUAUUCUCCAAAAGAGGUUGACUGUUGAAAGGGAAUUGGCUCCAAAUGCUCUUGAAAACAAGGAGGUCUUAGAACUGAUUCAAGAAGCUGGACUGCUAAAAACUGUAUGCAAUCUUCCCAAAUGUUAUGAGAAGAUGGUCAAAGAAUUUGUGGUAAACCUGUCUAAAGAUUGUGGCAAUAGCAAAAGUGCAUACUACAGAAAGGUGUUUGUAAGAGAUGAAGCUCAAAUCGAGCUGGAAGUAACAGACAACCAAGUUUGUCAAGUGAUCACAGCCAAGCAGGUAAAAAGUUGGCCCAUGAAAGAGAAGCUAACUGCAAGUAAGCUGAGCAUCAAGUAUGCAAUGCUUCACAAAAUAGGAGCAGCUAAUUGGGUUCCAACAAACCACAAGUCCACUAUCUCAACUGUGCUUGGUAGAUUUCUGUAUGCUGUAGGAACAAAGGCAAAGUUUGAUUAUGGAGCAUAUAUUUUUGACCAAACCAUGAAGCAUGCUGGAAGCUUUAGUAUUAAGGGUCCAAUUGCCUUUCCAUCUCUCUUGAGUGGUAUAAUUCUGGACCAAUAUCCAAACAUUCUCAACGAACAUGAUAUGGUGUGCAAAAGAGAAAGUCCCUUGGCUUUUCAUUACAAACUAUUUAAGGGAAAGCAUGUUCCAGACAUUGUCAUCACAUCAGCUGAAACUUCCAAAUCAGGAGCAUUAGUUGGUAAAGCAGAAGUAAUAGUAAUCCUAAAAGAGACUUGCAAAGAAUUGGAAGCUAGAAAAAUGUCUCUUGAACAAAUGAUACGAACUAUGGAAAUGGAUGAGAAUGAGGAGUUUACAGAUACAGAAGAGAUGGAAGAAAAAGAUGAUCAAGAAGUGGAGGAAGAAAGUGCUAGUCCUGCUGAUGACUCUAAGAAAGAAAGUUCUUCAGACACCUCAGCUGGUUCUGACUCUGAGCAGUAA